AUGGCUCCACUCACACUCCAGUCAACCUACGAGAUGGUUUCGGGAUAUGAGAUCCCAGUUGUUGGUUUUGGGGUUUACCAAAUUCCGGCCGCAAUCGCGGAGAAAGUCACUCUAAAAGCCUUGGAAACCGGGUACCGCCAUGUCGAUAGUGCAAAGGUCUACGCCAACGAAGCUCAAUGCGUUGAAGCCAUCCGAAGAUCCGGCGUCGAUCGUUCUAAGAUCUUCUAUACCACGAAGAUCGCUUCCAAUCACAUGUCAUAUGAAAAAGCUAAGGAGUCUAUCGAAGCGAGCAUUGCUGAUGCAGCCAGCAUCGGCUAUAUCGACCUUGUGCUGAUCCAUGCUCCUUUUGGUGGCAAAGAAGGCCGCCUGGGUGCCUGGCGUGCACUUGUCGAGGCCCAGAAAACGGGCAAGAUCCGCUCCAUCGGAGUCUCCAAUUAUGGUAUCCACCAUCUGAACGAGCUAGAAGAGUAUAUCAAUAGCGGUGCAGGUGGUAAAAUCUCCGUCGGCCAAUACGAGAUCCACCCCUGGUGUGCGAGGGAAGACGUUGCGGAUUGGUUGAAGAAACGCAAUAUUAUUGUCGAAGCCUAUUCACCUCUGGUUCAGGCCACACGGAUGAACGAGCCUAUCCUGCAAAAACUGGUGCAGAAGCACAACAAGACCCCUGCCCAGAUCCUAAUCCGAUGGAGCUUGCAGAAGGGAUAUGUACCUCUCCCCAAGUCUGUGACCGACUCCCGUAUCAUCGGAAACACACAGGUGUUCGACUUCGAAUUGUCUCAGGAAGACAUGGACAGCUUGAAAACCAAUGUUUACGCCCCCGUCUGCUGGGAUCCCGUCCGGGAUACGCGUCUAUAG